GAAUGCUAGUUACCAUCUUCCACCAUCCUUGGAGUUUAGUCUCGACGCCUUUGAGCUCUCUUCACCAUUAUUUCGGUAAUGUUGAGUGAGAAAGCAAAGGGAAAGCAGCGUGCAGUUGAUAUUGGAGAAGAAGAUGUCGUCGUCACUCCCAGCAAAUCGCUAGUCAUACGCUUUACUGAAGGCAUUCCAGACUUGACGAUCAUCGUUCACGAGAAGGAUACAGUACGGGAUGUUAAGACAAAUAUUAGAGAUGCUCGGCCGCAAGUGAAGGACCGUCGACUACGUCUCAUCCAUUCAGGUCGAUUGUUAGCGGAUGAUACACUCUUGUACUCGUUCCUCUCUUCACUGGAGGAGAGACAGCGUGGUUCUGCUUCUCAUGGCACUACAGAGCCAACCCCAAACUCACCCGCACCUACUACUUGGCUUCAUUGUUCCGUUGGACCACACAUGUCUGCCCUUGAGGAAGAGGAGACCAAAUUGCAGACUGCGCAGUUGAAACCAUUGCGAGGGUUUGACCGACUUGCAGCAGCAGGCUUUUCUGAACAAGACAUAGCUAACUUUCGAGCGCAAUUUCACGCGCAUUCUUCGGGAGACUAUCUGGAUCAGGACUUUACCAAUGAAGAGGAUCUAGACGAACAUGCCCGCAUGCUCGAAGAACAAUGGAUCGAAUCAUUUGACAGUGGCGGGGGAAGUGCACUCCUUCAAUCCUCCUCAACGAAUUAUAAUAUCCUCACUGGCAUUGUUAUCGGAUUCUUUUUCCCUCUUGUACCUUUCUUCUUCUUCCAUCAAGACAAGCCUGCUGUCUUUUGGGAAGAAGGGGGAGAACAUCAAGCUAUGGGCUCCACUAUGUUCUCGAGACGAAUGCAGAUGGGUAUCGUGCUAGGAUUUGGGAUGAAUGUGUUAUUCGGAAUGUGGACCUACCUUCUAGCUUCGCCAUAAUGUGAUAUCCGUGAAUACCCUCUUCUCACUGCUGUAUAUCUAAUGCAUAGGAUUGUGACCUUGAUAGAAGGGACAUUUAUUACUUGGCAAUCUAUCAACGUAACGGACAAUAGACAAACGACAAAUAUCUC